AUGUCGUGGAAAAGAACUGGCUUCCUCUGCGAAUAUGAUUCGAAACAUGUUUCGGUCUUCGAUUGCAAACAACGUAAGCUCUACAAAAUGCUCAACACGUAUGGAUUAGAAAAACUGGAGAUUGGAAAAUGCUACGAUUUGAAACACAUGUCGAUCCAAGAAACGAGUGUCGAUGAGAAAUUCCACAAUCUCGUCGUUUUCCGAGUCGAUAGUGGAUGUGUUCUGGCGGAUACUAUAGCUACGAUAGCUGAUGAAAAGGAUCUCAAAAAGAAUGAAAACUUUGAGAAGUUUCGUGGGAAAGUUUGGUCCCAAUAUCUUGGUUUCCUGAGAGACCCAAAAAAUCUCUUUGCCGAGAAUAUGAAAGGAGGUGAAUUGGGAUGGGUGACCGUAAAAUACGCUCCUGACGAAGACACAGUUUUUGAGAUAAAUGAUGUUGCGGAAAAUUAUCUAGUGCAACUUCCAGCAGAGCAAUUGCUUCCAACACCGUGGUCCCCAAAUUAUCCGACAGUCGAGCGCCCUCAACGUCGCUUGCAUCCAUCGCAGCGCGUCUUCGAUAACAAGUUUGCGCCACUUCAGCCGUGCUUCAGAUUGGUGAAAUAUGGGGUGUGUGUCCAAACCGAUGUCCUCAAUCCACUUUAUUGUCGAAGAAAACCAGGCUCAAUGAAACAUUGCCAUCAUCUCUUCGCGAUGACCCUUGGGAUGUACCGGUGCAUGCACCGAGUGGAGCUUGGAUGUUGGUACCAGCAUGAAGUCCGUGAUAGUCGUCGAGACCAGAAGAAGUACUCGGAAAAAAGAAAUGCUAAACAGUUCGAUUCGCUCACAGCAACCAAAUUGUUCAAAAUUGAUCCACCACUGCCGACAACUGUUGUGAAUGGAAAAGUGGAGUUUGAAGUCGAAUUUCCAUUCGAUCACGAUGUCCUAGAAAAGGAAGGAAACCGAGCGAUUCCGGACUGGUUUCCACGAUUCGAAGGGCUCCAAAAAGAUGCCCAUUUUUGGAAUGAGUACUUGGGAAAAGUGGAAAUUUAUCCCAGACAAGCAAGAGAGAUCAUCCAGAUAGUUGAGGCCUGGCCUCUGGAGACCAUCCCCGAUGUCUUCACCGUCGUUGCUACAGUUGCUCUCCAUUAUAAUGCCGCUACGAAUAACGAAACGUACCCGGAGAAUGGGAUUUUCUUGGUGACCAAUGUGAAGGAGGUGAAGGGAGCUAAUUAA